ACAGAAAUUCAAUUAUACACGUUUUUGCUAAUCGAAUAAUUGUUAAAGAUAAUUUUCAAGCAAAUAUGCCAAAUUUACAAUUCUCUAAUUCCAGUUUUUCAACUGGGAGGAUUUGAUGCCUUUUAUAUAGUAGUAAACUAAAAUUUCUUUGGGUUAAAGGAUGUGGCUACUAUUUUUACAUUUCAGAAUAAACCCCCAUCACAGAAAACAGAAAAAGAAGGACAGACAAGGAGAGGAAGAGAGAGCAAGGGGAUGUUGACUUAUCCCUCUGACUCGCUCCCUCAGAUAGUUUGUCCAAUGGAUCAAGAUGCUAUUCCCCCAAACCGUUUCUGUAGUGCACCUCCCCACAGUGAACCUUCACCACCUCUCCUCCCCCUUUCCUCCAUCACUCCCAGCUGUGCGAAUGAUGGAAUAUCUGGACAUAGAAGGAGUGGCCGCAUUCAAGAGAUCAGAGCGCAAACUCCCAAAAAGCAGAGCAAUACAGUCAGCCGAGCAGCUCAGAAACCGUCCAGACAGAAUCCGUCCCCCACAAAGAGCAAAAGAGAGAGAGCGAACAUGGUACAAGUGUCACAGUCUAAGCAGAGAAGAGUUGAGGGCGCACAUGUGCACGAGAAACAGAAUGAGGAUGAAUUUGAUAUUAGUUUUGCAGCAGAACGCCCAAAUAGACAAAAGAACCAGAAAAGCCUACAAAAGAAACCCAAUGUCUCUGCUGCAGAAAAUGUAGUUGAGCAGUUUGCUGUCGAUACCACACAGAAUCUUGACACCACUAAAUCCGACAUGGAUACAUGCAGCAGAUUGGCUGUUGGGCACUCUGUUGAAAACGCAUCUGCCCCGAAGGGAUGGGUGAUUGGCCCCUUGUUUCAGUCACUGAAGUCGAAGAUGGCUAGUUUCACAGAGAUAGUUAUGAGUCCUGUUAAACUCUUCAGAGCAAGUAGUCCCCCACCAUUCAUGGACCAGCCAGACAAACUGGAUGAGUGUGAGCUACAAGCAGAUGGAAUGCCUGAUGUCGAACUCUCGGAGCCAAGCGACAUGUUUCAUCCAGAAGCACAAAGUGAGAGUGGUAAUCAGGACACUGACACGAAUCUGCUGAGGUUCCAUGAAGUAGAAGGUACCCAAAACGCAAAAACUGUCACUCCUAAAUAUUCAAAAAAAUUAUCGUUUGAUGUGGAGUUUCCAACAAACAGCUCUGACCGUGCAGAUGAAUGUUCAAUAACUCAGAAGGAACAAAACUCGCCUGAUUCUGUGCCUUUGCAACACAGUCCUUUACCCUGCACCAUUUCUGAAGAAGUUUCAGAAUGUGUUGCGCCGGUUAUUAAGUCCUCUGUGCUGUUACAGGCCUCUGACACUUCAAGUGCCUCACAUGAAUCUAAGUUAAAGAUGUCCUGUGCUAUGGAGGACACGAAAGACGAACUACCUGUCCGGUUGAAACCACUGCCAAGGAAAUGUACAGGAAAUAGAUCUGGAGUAAGCAAAAUUACCUCUAAGACUUCAUCAUGUAAAAUAAAAAAGGAAGCGUCUGAGCCAGAGGUUAGCAAUGAGCAGGUUUCUCAGAUAAAUUCAAACAAAGCUGACCUAAGUGAUAUUGACAGAACAAUGUCAUUAUCUUCCUCAGUCCUCUAUACUAAGUUGGACACCGACUGUCCUCAGCCUAAUGGUGAUGGCGAUGGUAGGAAAAUAGGACGUUUGGUUCGCAGACGCCACAAGAAUAACUUAAAUGACAGUGCUAAUGGAAAGACAAUGAAGCCUGUGUUGGAUGCUCAGCAGCCAGAGUCUCACUUGAACCCUGAAACUUAUUCAGCAACAGGUCUUGGGAGAGCAAAGAGGGGUCUGAAACUGGAGUGUCAUUCCCAAGACUUUGUAAAGAGGACGAGAUUGACAGCAGAUAAAUGUACAAAGGAUACCAAAACACAAGAGCGAUUAAAUGUGGCUUUAGGUAGUGGCAUAUCGAGACCACUGAUAAAGGAAGUUGUGUCAACAAGUACCAUUGUAGAUAAGGAAGUAACACCGAAGCCUGCUCCAAGAAGACAAGCUUCAACAAGAGCAAAUAAGAAAGGACAAGAUGUAAGAGAAAUGCUUAAUACGAUAAAUGAAACCAUGUUAAACACACAGAGUGAAAGUUCCUCUGAUGCGGUGUUGGAUUGCUCACUGGAUAAAAGCAGUGCAAUGUCAGAGAUCAAACAGAAGAGCGGCAGCACGGUAAAGCCUGGUGGCUCCUGCAAAAGACUGACGGGAGGAAUAGGUCUUGAUAAACCUGAAGUGAACACUGAUAACAGUAUGGAUCUGGAAACCACCAUGGCUAUCACGUCUACAAAACAAACCGAGAAGGAACCAUUGUCAGAAGUCCACGUCCGUCCGCAUAUAAAGCAGCUCCCGAACACAAAAGAGUGCAGGAAUAUCAAUACGAAGCCACGGAAACGGAAAUCGCCAAACCAAGCGAGUUCAACUCCAGAAUUGGACAGCACUUUGGUUUCUACCUCACCAGCACUAUCAGUUGAGACUUUAGAAGUCACACACACAAAUCUUAAUUCCUCUGAGCAUGUUCAGAAAGAGGAGAGCGUGAAAAAGGCACUGAAUCAACCGUCCAAGAGACCCAGAAAGGGUUUCAGAGGUGCUGUUCCUUCAUCUGCGUCGUUUGGGAGUCAAGAGACGGAGCAAAGUAUCAAUAACCUUCAUUUAGCAACCAAAGAAAACAAGCUUAAAGAAGGCAAAGGAAAAGUCUCAACAGACCCUGUUUAUUUUGAAAUGACACCAUUUGAAGGAAAUCAACAACCAAGUGCUUCACCAUCCCAACCGAAUUUAGAUUGUUUUGUACAAUUAGAUAAUGAAACAAAGCAUAUCAUCGAUGAGAACGUAUUGAGUGCUACUUCUGUGUCAAAUGAGGUAUUUCCCACUGACACUGCAUCCAGUAUCAACAGCAGCUUUAGGCUACGCUCUAGUGCAAGAAGGGUUAACAUUAAGCCAAGGAGAGCAGAUAACCAAAGGAGGAAAUGCAGGGUUUUGCAUAGCAGGACACGUAAAGAUGAAGAGGGGACAAACUCCGUAACUAUGGACGAUGCCGACUUAGCUACAACGAGUUCAGGGUCAGCAGAAAAAAGCUCAGCGAGGUCCCUGCUGCGCAGCUACUCUUGCCCAGAGAUCCCCACCCUCCGUCACCAUGACACACCCUGGGCUUCUUCUUUGCAUUCACCCCACCACAGCAGGACUCACGCACCACACCACCACCAGUCUUCUCACACUCCUGUACAUCAUGUCCACAAAUCCCUGCGUCGGGCUCGUCGACACACGGUCUGCAGUGUAGAGGUGGAGAGGGAGAUCGCCCCUCUCUGCCUUCGUAAGGAGGUGUACCCUUCCAGGAGAUCUCUCCCGUAUGACAGAGCCACCCAACACCUGUCUCCAUGUCUUGCACUUUCUCCCAGCACUUCCCUUUCAGCGCUGGCUACUUGUUUCCUUUCAAGCCCCCUGGCUUUCCUGUCUAAGAAAGUUGACGGCAGAGGAGCUUCCGCCAGCCCCAGCACUUCCAGUCACGUUUCCUCUCCGAUCUCCUCUUCCUCUGUAUCACCAUUGAUGUUCCCCCAAAGAAGUGACUCCUCUAGUUCUUCGUUUGACUACAGUAGCGGUGGGAAUCCCUUGGAGUGUGAGAUGGAGAGAAGACGGCAGAGUGAAGAGGAGGAUGAUGGCGAGGACACAAGCUCAUCCAGUCAGGAGUUUGAAGAUGUCGGGUUGAGAGAAGAAAAGGCUUUGUCUGAUUCUGAAAUCAAGGUGGUGCAAAAGAAUGAGGAACGAGGAAAGGUGUCGUCUAUUAGAAUUCGGAAAACUUUACCCAAACCUCUGAACAAUCUGACACCCAUGGGCCUGCCCAGACCCAUCAGGCUGAAAAAGAAGGAGUUUAGUUUGGAAGAAAUUUACACCAAUAAGAAUUUCAGCAAACCCCCUGAAAGCCGGCUGGAGACCAUAUUCGAGGUGCCUCUCAAUCGGCGGAAUGGAUCUGAGUCCUGGUUUGGCCAGAGGCGUGUCAAAAGAUUUUUGGAGUUCCUGGAUGCCGGCGAGGCCAGAAAACCAAAGAAGCCACUUGCUGGUGCUGGAAAGGGAGGUACAUCAUCAUCCAGGACAAGACGGGGCUUCCCUAAAGAUGAGCCGUCCCUCUGUGUACAGGAUGUAGACUCACUUCUCUGUGCCAAGCUGGAGCAGCUCAAUCUAUGGUUGAUGCAUGAUCAGAGAGACAGUUGACAGAUGCCUGUAACGGAAAUUGUUUGGCAGCCAUUAAAAAAAGCACUGCAAGAGACAAAAAUUAGACUGUUUCUAAUGUGUUUUCUACAUGGAGGUUCACAUGAGUCUUCAAACUCCUUUUUUGUCAGCACAAUCUGCAUAUGAUUGUUGUGGUGACAAGUCAUUAUUGAAGAAUUACUGUUUUAUUCUGUAGCAUUUAUUGAAGAACAGUACAUCAUAGUACCAGUGUACUGCCUCAUAGAAGUUGGUUAUAAACGUAGUGGUUAAAUGCAUUAUACAGUAAGUUGCUUUUUUGUCAUUCCUGCACUCAAACCCCUGCCGUCCAUUUUUACCCCCUGCCAGUUUUCAUCUGUAAUAAGUGAAACAAAAGCUGACAUCUUUGAUUUGAAUGCUUGUACAUUAUCAUAACAUUUUCAGUUUAUCUUCAGUCUAUCAAAUCAAAGAGUAACAAAUCCGCACAAUCUCCCAGGGUGGGUGGUGACGCUGUUUUUCUUAAAAUGACUUUCUUCUUUAAAAUGCUAAUUCAGAAUUCAACAGAUUUGUUUUGCACUUUCACGUUUGAAAGAAAGUGUUU